CGGUUCAGAGAGCUAGAGACGGCGGCCGGAGAGAAAAGGCUCAUUUUUAACUCCUACAAGUGAUAAAAAUGCAGGAUACUGCAGGAAUUGAGAGAUUUAGAACGAUCACCUCCUCUUACUACAGAGGAGCUACGGGAAUCAUUCUUGUGUAUGAUGUCACAUGUCAGCACCCAUUUGACAACCUUCAGAGGUGGCUCCGUGAGAUUGAGGAGUCUCAGAUUGCGUCUGGGGAGCUGCAGGGUGUCGCUGGUGGAAGGGGUGAGUUGAGGUGUCUGGGAGGUGAGACAGACACCUCAUGUUCAUGUUCAUAUGGUGUAUGUUCGUGUGUUAACGGUUCCGCCCAUUGCUCUGGGUGCGUGGUCUAUGGCCCUAGUGCUAUGGCAGCCACCUGAGUAUUAUUAUUAUUACUGUUAAAACUCUUUGAGGCUGAGAACUCCUCACUAAUAAUGCGUAAUUUCUUACUAAGAUGCAAUAUGUUUAGCAACACUACGCUUAGCCACUGCACCAAUUGGAUUCACUAGCUGUAGAACCACAUGCAUAGUAUUGCACAUAGUUUAGCCCCAAUAAGGUAAUUCCCAUACACUUAAUUAUACUUUACUCCCCGGCUACUUGCUUCUAAUAUGCAUAGAUGAGCGAGCUUAAUUGUAGUAUAAUAUGCCUACUGUAAUAGUAUCUAGGUGCAUUGUGCAGGAAAACAUAUGUCAGCUACUAUUGUGCAGCAGAACAUAUGUCAGCUACUUAGGUUUGCAUGCUGUAGAGGGGUUCAUGUUUGUU